AUGGGGAGUUACAUUAGGUUGGCUUUGGUGUGCGUCGCAGUAUCCCUGCUCAUCUCUUGUCACUCCGUCCAAGCCUGGUACAAGCAGUCCACCGGUCCCACUUAUUACUCGGUGGGUCGCGCCUCCGGGCUGCUCUCCGGGAUCAGAAGGUCCCCAUAUGUGCGCAGGUCCGAGUCCCAAGAAACGGUGAUGGAGAGCGGGGAGACGACCGGUGCGAAUGAUGUUCUGGAGGGGGGCAAGCAGGUCUCCUUGCUCAAAAGUAUGGCUAUUUGCGUGAAGGACAUCUCCCCAAACCUGAAGAGCUGCGAGUUGCUGCGGGAUGGAACUGGCACCUUUCAGUGCAAGGCGGACGUCUUCCUCACCCUCGACUCGCUGGACUGCCUGUCCGCAUGA